CUUUCUCUCUUUUAUAUACAUAUAUAAUGUCGUUUGGGUUGAAUUUAAAAGCACUUAUUUCAAAAGCAACAGACGAAUACAAAGAUAUUGCUACCAAAGACCCGAUUGUUGAAAGCACAGAAGACGGUACCAGUCGAGGUGAAGUGCUGGAUCGCAUACUAGCUCAACAAGCCGUCGAGAAAGCAGCAUUAUGGGACAAACUUUACCAGCUUGAACAUGAACGUUUCGAAAGCAUGGACCAUGUUGUGUUUGGUCCUCCUGUGCCUAAAGACAGAAAAGAACUCGAAACCAUCAUGACCCUCGAUCAACAUAUUGUAGAAAAACUCGAUGCUGAACUAGAGAAACUCAACCUGGACGAUCGUCCCAACGACGAUUUAUUGGAAAUAGAAUACAGAGAUAAAUUACAGUCUGAAGUCAAUCACCUGGAACAAACACUCGUCUAUUUGAACCAAGAAUUAAAAAAUAUCAUGCAAGCUUCUCAAACUGAACAAACCGUCUUGGAAGAAUGCAUUGCUUCCAAUAAACUACUACUGCAGGUGGAAAGUCAUUACACAGAUGAAUUAGAGGACAACCAAAAAUCCACAGAUCGAUUAGCAGCGGAAUUCGCCCUAUUACAGAAAAAAUAUGUCGAAAGUUUACAGGAUAUAUCUGAUUUUCUAGAUGAAUACUAUCCUCCUCAUCCAGUCGACAGUGAUUUUUUAACCUCAGACGAAUGCGAUUUAAAGAAAGUCAUUGAGCAUCUUUUAAACAGAGCCUUUACACAUCCAGAAAACCCUUACAUCGCAUUAAGACCAGGUACCUACUGGUCACCGUACAUUGAGACUUUAAUCAAUGCCCGUAUAGCUCACUACCAUCCCGAAGACCAAAACCUGCUUGGCUUAACAGACCAUCGAUUA